AAAGAAUGUUCUACACUCCCUGCCCACUUAAACAAGCUUUGUGUAUUGUUGAUUAAUUUGAGGUUUGACAAUUCCGUACACAGCAACACACUGACACUACAAGCUUUCACAUUAAUCAUCUGAAGGGAUAAAGUUUGGAAGCCAAUCAUGGUCCACCAUGCAAAGGUGUGUGUGUAUGUAUACAGAUGGAUUUUUCAGUGAAGUGUUGGACAUCUUGAGCCCAGUAAAACUUCUGAUAUAAAGUAUUUGCCUAUUCAUAGAUUUAGUACAUUUAAUUGAGGGAGAAGGAGCUGAUAUUUUAGGUUUUUUUAUUUUUAAUUAGGUUAUUAGAUGUCUUAGGAAAUGCAAUACAUAUUGUUAAUGACUGAUUUUUGAGAAUUACUAAAUGAAGAUGAGUCAUUUGUAUUUAAAUGUCCUCACCAUCUCACAUUCAGUGUACUCGGAAAUGAGGACUGAACUAAUUAAUUUGUAAAAGUACUUCCGGGGCCACGAAUGAUCUUCCACUUCUAAAUGUUGCUGAAUAUUCUCUAAAAGAAUAUUUCAUAUUUUCAAACCACUUGUGAAACGUGCCCUCUCUGCUCUGCGCCUGCGUCAUGCUUACGCCGCACGUCCUCGUUUCUGAUUGGUCCGGGCUUUAACUCCUUUACGGCAGCGCACUGCACCCACCCUCCCCUCUCUCUCGCUGAAUGAACGAACAUGGAGACAGCUGGAAAAGUUAUCAAGUGCAAGGCAGCUGUUGCCUGGGAAGCUGGGAAGCCUCUUUCCAUUGAGGAGGUGGAGGUAGCUCCACCCAAAGCCCAUGAAGUCCGCAUCAAGAUCUUCGCCACAGGAGUGUGUCAUACAGAUGCCUACACUCAGAGUGGCAGUGACCCCGAGGGACUUUUCCCUGCUAUCUUGGGCCACGAGGGUGCUGGAACAGUUGAGAGCGUUGGUGAGGGUGUCUCCAAAUUCAAGCCAGGCGAUACCGUCAUCCCGUUGUAUGUGCCACAGUGUGGCGAAUGCAAAUUCUGCAAAAAUCCCAAGACCAACCUUUGCCAGAAAAUUAGAGUAACCCAGGGCAAGGGCCUGCUGCCUGACAACACCUCACGCUUCACUUGCAAGGGAAAGCAAGUGUUUCACUUCAUGGGGACCAGCACCUUCUCCGAGUACACCGUGGUGGCCGACAUCUCUCUGGCCAAGGUGAACGAGAAGGCUCCACUGGAUAAAGUGUGCCUGCUUGGAUGUGGCAUUUCCACAGGGUACGGUGCUGCUCUGAACACUGCCAAGGUUGAGCCAGGUUCCACAUGCGCUGUAUUUGGCCUCGGAGCUGUCGGCUUGGCUGUUAUUAUGGGCUGCAAGGUUGCUGGGGCAACGAGGAUCAUUGGCGUGGACCUCAACGCCGCAAAGUUUGAGAAAGCGAAGGAGUUUGGAGCCACCGAGUUUGUGAACCCGAAGGACCACAGCAAGCCCAUCCAGGAGGUUCUGGUGGAGAUGACUGACGGGGGUGUGGACUAUUCUUUUGAGUGCAUUGGCAAUGUGCAAAUCAUGAGAGCUGCUCUGGAGGCAUGCCAUAAAGGAUGGGGCGAAAGUGUCAUCAUCGGCGUAGCCGGAGCUGGGCAGGAGAUCUCGACCAGACCAUUCCAGCUGGUGACGGGCCGAGUGUGGAGGGGCACAGCCUUCGGAGGGUGGAAGAGUGUGGAGAGCGUUCCCAAACUGGUGGAGGACUACAUGAAUAAGAAGCUGAAGGUGGACGAGUUUGUGACCCACACCCUGCCCUUUGAGAAGAUCAAUGAGGCAUUUGACCUCAUGCAUGCCGGAAAGAGUAUCCGCACAGUGCUGACCUUCUGAAGUGCCUAAAACCUUGACCUUCACGUCUGGCCUUUUAACGAUCUCCUUCCACAGUUGCAGCACUUGAUGUAUUUCUCUGCACUUGUUUUGAUGUCAUAACUUUCAGCAUUCGAACAUCAUUUUUAUUAACAGCAGAAUGCAUGUUUGAAACAAUAAGUGUCACAACAUUUUUUUGAAAUUGAAUUUAUUUUCUGCUUUUCCUUCUGUGGCUCAUUUGCUGUCUGAUGUGAUGUUUUAUAAGAGAACAUAACAUUUAUACAUAAAGGCAUGUGGCUGCUGCUCUCACUAAGAA